AUGACGACGCUGCGGCGGUUCAAGUGCAACGACCUGUUCUCGUUCAAUGCGGUCAACCUGGACUCCCUCACCGAGACGUACAAUCUGCAGUUCUACCUGCAAUACCUCGCCCAGUGGCCAGAGUACUGCGUGAUGGCGGAGGGACCGGGCGGGAGGAGUAUGGGCUACAUUCUGGGCAAGGUGGAAGGCAGCGGCAGGUUGUGGCACGGCCACGUCACGGCGGUGACAGUCGCCCCGGAGUACAGGAGAAUGGGUCUCGCGCAGCGCCUGAUGAAGAGUCUAGAAGAUACCACGGAGGACGUCCACGACGGCUACUUCGUCGACCUCUUCGUGCGCAAGAGCAACCUGGUUGCCAUCAGGAUGUAUGAGAAGUUUGGGUACAGCAUCUACCGACGCAUCAUUGGGUACUACAGCGGCGAGGAGGACGCGUACGACAUGCGCAAGGCGAUGCGCCGCGACGUGGAGAAGCUCAGCGUCGUGCCGCUGGACCGGCCAGUACGCCCCGAGGAGCUGGAGUUCGACUAG